UAUGUUCUUCAUCUAUCACAACUCGUCAUUGUUGGAAAACCCUGGCAUCUUAUGCGUUAAUCAAAUGUCCUAGGAUAAAACGACUCCAGAAUAUCCCCGAGCAGGGUUCCAAUGACAGUAUCCAAAACGAUAUUCAACCCGAAGUUGUGGAUCUGUACCACCCUCAACUCACACUGGCACUGUCAACUACUGGAUUCGUAUAACCGAACUAUACGCACCCAAGAUAAACGAACAUCAGUUACUACAAACACAUCGGAUUUUGGCUUUUAGACUGCACUUUUCGAUCCGAUUUCAAGAAACAGAGGUGGCAGAACCUGUUGUUCCGAUUUUAUCUGGUUCUGCGCUAUUACUCUACUCGGAAAAGCUUU